GGUCUUGUACCUCCACCCCGCCCCGGCCAGCCGAUUCAGUUAGCCCACCAAGCAAUCCACACUGUGUUUCGAUCUGCAAACGUCCGCCUUUUCGGAGGCUUGGCUCUCACUAGGUCAUUCAGCUAACCCAGUGUUUCUUAACCACGGCAUUAUUGCUAUGUGGAGCUGGAAAAUUAUUUGUUGUAGGAGGCAGUCCUGUGCAUCGUAAGAUAGUCACAGCGUCCCCGGUCCGUACCGUCCAAAAGCCAGUAGCUCUCGGCCCUCACGCUCACAGGUAUGAGAACCAAGUCUCCGGACAUUGCCAAACAACCUCUGGGAGGCAAAAUCGCCCCCAGUUUUUGAGAACCACGGAGCUGAGCUUUCAUAGAAUUUCCGCCGUUGUGUGCUCUGAGCAAGAUUAAAAAAAGGAGCCAUAUAUUGAAGAUAAUGUCCGGAAGCUUCUACUUUGUAAUUGUUGGCCACCAUGAUAAUCCAGUUUUUGAAAUGGAAUUUUUGCCAGCUGGGAAAGCAGAAUCCAAAUUUACCAACUGGACACUCUUAGCUCUGACAGGAUUAUACUCUGCUGUUAACCUGAUGACUGCUCACAAGCUGGGGCUGAGUGUGGCCUCCUACCACUCACAGAUUCCCAUGCCACAUAAGUUCCACUCACCUGAAAGAGGCCUCUGGCAGGAUGAUCAUCGUCAUCUGAACCAAUUCAUAGCUCAUGCUGCUCUUGACCUUGUGGAUGAAAACAUGUGGCUUUCAAACAAUAUGUAUUUGAAAACUGUGGACAAAUUCAAUGAGUGGUUUGUGUCAGCAUUUGUCACUGCAGGGCAUAUGAGAUUUAUUAUGCUUCAUGAUAUAAGGCAAGAAGAUGGAAUCAAGAACUUCUUUACUGAUGUCUAUGAUUUAUAUAUAAAGUUUGCAAUGAAUCCAUUUUAUGAACCCAAUUCUCCAAUUCGAUCAAGCGCAUUUGACAGAAAAGUUCAGUUUCUUGGGAAGAAACAUCUUUUAAGCUGAAUGCAGAAAAAUUCUGAAGUAAACAGUGUCACCACAAUGGGGUAUACUCAGGAAUGUGUAUAUUGUAAGUAACUUGAUUAAAUAGUCUGGAAAACUUUUACUUGUCUCAGUUUAUCUAAAUCUAAUAGAAUUUCUUUAUAAAGUAGUUACAUUGUGUUUCAUGUGGAUUAUCAACAAUUUGCUUGUGAAAUGUUAUUUAUAAAGAGCUUUUUAUCAAUAAUCUUAAUAAAUCGAAAAUAAGCUUUUGACUUUCCUGAUCUUGAUAUAACAAUUCAUUAAAAAACAAAAAAGUCAAGAUUGGGUAGACAAAAAGAUUCUCCAGAAGUGAAUGAGCUUGAUAGCGCAUACAUUGACUGUAUAUUUGGAGAUGUUAUAAAACUUUAUAGUACAUAGUAUUACUCAAGAAGCUGAAGCAGAAAGAUUUGCAGUGCUAAAUGUUGCAUGCCUGCCUCUGUCAGAGGGUAGGAAUAGGAUCCUACUAUAGUUCUAGAAUCCUGGACCCAUGUAUGCAAAAUAGACCAGUUAUAGGCCACAGUGAAACAUAUUGCCUCCAUGUCCUUAUGUUCUUGUAGUUCCUCUCUCUGAAGACAGUAAACUAAGGGUUAAAUGGACCUGUUGAUCUCUAUUGUAAAAAACUGUAAUGCAAUUUAAGAAAUGUUAUUAAAGAAAAGUUUAGAUUACAUUAACAUUUGCAGUUGGCCUUUUUGGCUCUACACUGGGGGGACCAGGAAUGGUCUUUCCUGUCCUUUAAUAGUGUCUGAUUUGACUGUAAAAUAGUAAAUAUACAAGGAAGAGCAAGUAAUAGAACUGGAGUCUUUGUGUGUGUGUGUGCUAAUUGUGAGCAUAUCUGAAUAACUUUUGAGCAAGUAAUUCUAAGCUUGGUCUUAUAUCCUGUUAUGAAGUUGCUACUGUCAUUUUUUUUUACUCUAUUUAUUUAAUAUCUUAAAUAAAGCUGUAUGUUCAA